AUACAUACAAUUCCAUUCAAAAUGAGGAUAAUCGACCCCCAAAGCGCAACCCUCUCCAACAUCGAAGUCCUAGCACACAUAACCUCCCACCCACCCCGGCGCCCCCCAAACCCACCCCCCAACACAAACCCCCGAAACUUCACCCCCAGCCCGGACCUCCGCGACCACAACACCGUCAUCAAGGAAAUCCACAACUACGUCUCCCGGCUCUCGCCGCAUCUACUCGGUUAUCCGCGCUAUGUGCAUGAGGAGGAUAUGAAGCGGUUGGAGGAGAUGGAGGCGUUGGUGCAGGGGCCAUGGCAGGGGCAGGUUGUUGGUAAAGGGGGGAGGGAUUUGGGGCCUACGGAGAUGGAUAGGCGGCUUGGGGGGUUGGUUAGGGGGUUAAGGCCGUUUGGGUUGACGAAGGGGGAGGUUCUUGUGAUUUUGAAUUUGGGGGUUGGGUUUUUACAGGCGAGUGCUGAGGGGGAAGGUGAGGAUGGUGGGGAGCAGGGUGGUGAGGGUGAGGAGCAAAUGGAGGUUGAUCAUGAUCAGGGCGAGGUUAAUGGGGUAGCAGGGGAAGAAGGGCAAGAGGAAGGCGAGGGGGAACUUCCGGCGGAGGAUUAUGGUGCGUUGGCACUUUUGGAUACGGUUAUUGAGGAGAGGGAGGAGAGGUUGUCGAAUGAGGAUGUUGCGCAGGUGUUGGCUGUUAUUCGGGAGGCUUUGGGGCCUGGGAGUUCGUGAUUGGGAUUUAGUCUACCUGCAUCGGUUAUGAUUUAUGGAUCUUGUAAUUGCAUCUUUAAAGAACGACUACGACCAAAGUUGAAUGAAGCAAUAUUAUUCACAGUACUGC